AUGCAGUACGUUCGGAGCAUCAGCGGUUCCGUCUCCAAGACAUGGAAUUCAAUCAACCCGGCCACCCUUAGCGGGGCUAUCGACGUUAUUGUCAUAGAACAAGAAGAUGGCACCCUCGCCUGUUCGCCCUUCCAUGUCCGUUUCGGCAAGUUCUCGCUCUUGCGUCCCUUUGAGAAGAAAGUCGAGUUCAAAGUCAACGGAGUCAAACAAGAUUACGCUAUGAAGCUCGGGGAAGGGGGCGAGGCAUUCUUUGUAUUUGAAACGACCGACGACAUCCCCGCAUCGUUGCAAACUUCGCCGUUGGUCUCUCCAGCAGCGAGUCCUCGGGCUCAGAGUGAACCCGAUAUCCCGCCUUCGCUGCAGGAACCUGAGUUUCUCGACCUCGAUAAAUCAAAUGCGGACGCAUUGUCAGAAGGCGCGAAGACUCCGCCGACCAUCCCCAUAUCGAACAAGGCGCGGGCCCACACAGAUUUAGGGACAAUUACGCCUCUGUCGCGAUCGCCCGACGAAUCCGAUAUUCCCUCACGACAUGGCUCGUUGAGUGGCAAACCACCACUUGACCACACUAUCUCGGACAAUGUGCUUAUAAAAAGCUCCCCUCGGAAUUCUCUGACCGCCCCACCUGAGACCGGUGGCCAUGACGAGAACGAGAACGAGGGUGAAGCAAUGGGCCGCUCUCGCAGCCCCCCUCCCAUGUCUCCUCAGGAGGCGGUGUCUCGUGCCAUCUCACUUUCAAAGAAACUGUCUGGCUCCAAUAUUCCAUCGCAUGUCACAGAAACAGGUGAUUUGAUGCUGGAUAUGACCGGCUACAAGAGCAAUGAAGAAGAUGCCCUUCGUGCAGAGGUUGUUGCGCGCAAGAUUCUUGCCGAGGAGCUGGAAGGGAGCUAUGACAUUGGUGCUCUCAUUGGAGCCGACGAACAUGGCAAUUUGUGGAUCUACAGCAGCGAAGAAGCAAAGGAUUUGGCUGACCGCAGAGCCACACUCAAUUCGCUGCGGCCGGAGACGGCGUUGAGCGAUGAUGCACUAUCUGACCCAGGAUAUCAUAGCGAGGGCGACCACGCUAUCUCGGAACCGUCUUUGACAGCACGCCACCACAGAACCAAAUCGGAUAUUCAACCUGGAUUCCCCACACCCCCAGACUCGCCAUUGCAUGAUGGUUUCGCAGUCGAAACCCGGAACUACGCCAAAACUCUCCGGCUGACGAGCGAUCAACUCAAAGCCUUGCAACUGAAGCCAGGCCCCAACACAAUGUCUUUCAGCGUCAAUAGAGCCAUCUGCAGUGCAAACAUGUAUCUCUGGAAUGGCAACACUCCAAUCGUGAUUUCGGAUAUUGAUGGAACCAUCACCAAAUCUGACGCAUUGGGCCAUGUUCUUAACAUGAUUGGACGUGACUGGACACAUGCGGGUGUCGCUAAACUAUACACCGACAUUGUCAACAACGGGUACAACAUUAUGUAUCUUACCAGUCGAUCGGUUGGCCAAACAGACACUACACGAGCCUAUCUGCAUGGCAUCUGCCAAGAUGGCUACAGGCUCCCAAGGGGACCAGUGAUCUGCAGCCCUGAUCGCACAAUGGCGGCCUUGCGGCGAGAGAUCUACUUGAGAAAACCCGAAGUUUUCAAGAUGGCAUGUUUGCGGGAUAUUCUCAACCUCUUUUGUGGCAAAGAGAACCCCUUCUACGCUGGAUUUGGAAACCGAUUGACAGAUGCAUUGAGUUACCGCUCUGUUAAUAUUCCGUCUACUCGGAUUUUCACCAUUAAUUCUAAUGCUGAGGUUUCGUUGGAUUUACUGAGUCUCAACAAGUACAAGAGCAGCUACGUGACCAUGCAAGAGCUGCUCGACCAUUUCUUCCCGCCAGUCACUCUACUUGUGCAUUCCGGAGGUGAAGAAUACACGGACUUUACAUACUGGAGAGAUACGCCGCAAGAGCUUGAAGACUUCUCUUCGACCGACAGCGAAGACGAGGUAGAUGCCGAUGAGAAUGUUGCUGAAGAAGAUGAAGACGGGGAUGAUGAAGAAUACGACGACGACCUGAGCGAGGGUGAAGGCAGCGAAUACCUUGAUGAGGCUGAAGCCGCUGAGGAAGAUCUCGGUGCGAGCUACAUGUCACAGGACUCAGCUGUCAUGUCAAACCCGGCAGGUUCAAUCCUGGAGUCUGUGGAAGGUGAUUUGGACAUUGAAGAAGAGGCAAUCGGCGAAGAGGAGUUGACUCCUGUGGUUGAAAAUACCCAGGACCGUACCGAAAGCCCUGCAAUUUCUCUCCCCAUCCGUUCCAAGUUGCCCCAGACCCCUUGA